AUGGCAGCUCCCAGGACACGCCAUGCUGACGUCAGCAAGCUCGCGCUUCGGGCCGCGCUUGUGGUGCUGCUUUGCGCGGGGAUGAUCCCCGGGACCUCUGCGGAGGGAAUUUACCGGGCGUGCUACAAGGAGAACCUCGUGGCUAACAAGGUCUGCUCCGUCGAUGCGCGCGGCACCUCAGGCACUGGUGCUGCCACGUCCGAAAAAGGCACGUGCACCACGAGCUGCAGCCGCCCCAAAAUAACGCUCACCCCUGAGCCCCCUCGGUCGAGCUUUACGACACGUGUAGAGUGCACGUGUGUGUCGGCCCCGAACCCAUCGCCGGGGGGAAACGGGGACCCUCAUUUUGACGGACCUGAAGGAAUCAAGUACGACUUUCACGGAGAGAAGGACAAGGAUUUCUGCCUCAUCUCCGACACGCGUUUCCACAUGAACAGUCACUUCAUCGGGCAGGAAACGGAACACACCGGCUUCACCGGAACCUGGAUGGACUCCUUCUUCCUCAUCUACACCUCCGAAGACGGCCAAAUCGAACACACCGUCCACGUGGCGGUUGCUGAUAGGCCCGACGCGUCUCUCUCCAGCAACCUCACCUAAGCCUUUGACUCGGAGCCAAUCCUUCUCCACGAGCCCAGGUUCGCGGGCUCUGGAGAUGACACGUGGGGCGCAUCGGACGGCUCGUGCGCGCUCGAGCAUCUGAUGACGUCAGCCGCGGGGGACGGCGUGCGUGUCAACAUCUCCGGUAUCGUGGAGAUGGAAAUCAAGGUCGCGUCCCACCGCUUCCCCGACGGCCUCCACCUCGAC